AUGAAGAGCAAGUGGAUAGAACUUGUGGUAGAAAUCACGAUUUUAAUCAUAGGACUUCUUGGAAACGUAUUUGUCCUCAUUAUAGUCCAUAAGAAACAAAGCAGAAAAACAGUUCAUGGAACGUUUGUAGCCAGUCUGGCCAUUGCGGACUUGUUGUUGCUGUGUUUAGACUCGCCUAAAUCCAUUUUAGGUAAGUUUGACGUAACCUCAAGCACGUUCAACUGCAACUUAAGUCUGAGUUCUGUUACAACAGCCUACAAUGCAGGACUUUUGACAAUCACAUCCAUGGCGAUUCAUCGGUGUCACGUUGUUACCCAGCCAUGGAAGAAAAAGCUAGGACAUAAAAGAGGUGUAAUUUGGGUGUCUCUUAUAUGGUUGACUGCUUUUAUUUUCGUCAUUCCACUUAUUGUGGUGAAUAAACCUGUGGAAAAUAGAUGUGAAGAAGACUGGCCUUCAAUUGGCUAUCGCCAAGCAUACACUGUAUUACUAACGACUGUACAAUACAUACCGCCGCUACUUAUAACAGCGACCUGUUACAUACGAAUAUGGCUGUUCUUACGCAGGAGACCUGUUAUGCCACGAAAUAAUAAAACAGGAAAAAGCCUCGCGACUGAAGAAGAAAGCCAUAAAGAGGGUGCAGUGAUAGUCAGGAGUGUUGCAGUGAUCGUUUUGUUGUUUUUAACUUGUUUACUGCCAACUCAAAUUGCCUGGAUGUUGCAGGAUUUCAGACAUGUUUCGUACGAUGAGCUGUGGUCUGCAUCAGAAAUCCUGACAAGGUUACAUAGCUGCUUAAAUCCGGUUGUGUACGGUGUUAUGAACAAACAAUAUCGUCGUACCUACAUCGAAUUGUUAUCCUCCAUGUUCUGCUGUUGUCGUUCCUCCAAUCAAUCCUCUUCAAGCCUCAAACUGAUGCCACGACAGCUGUCACUUCGAAGUCACGCGACAACUAAGACCACCUGUACUGAGUUACAGGCGCGUCCUGCCAGAGAGAGCAGCCGGAAACAAAGUGUAGGAAAUUCGACUGCGGUAGAAAAUCCUUUCAAACUCAGUAUCAUAAAGUGAUCGUUACUAUGCCGGUGAGACCAGGCUGUAUCCGUAUUGAUUAACACCUCUUCAAGCUCUUUAGUGAGUCUUUGAUUGAUCCUAAUGGAAAAAAGUGCUUACCUUCCUAAUGAACAAAGGGCAGCUUUGUUGCCUAAGUGAAGGGGAUAAAUAAACUCACGCCGCAGAAUAUCUGCUAGAUUAAUAUUCUUUGAUUUUAAUCACAAAUAGUUGGAUUUAACCUAGCUUGAGAAGAUAAGAUAUUCAUAUGAAUAUAGAAUAUUGCUGAACAAGCCGCGAUUUUUUUUUUCGGGCACGUUUACAAUCGCGCAUCACCAUUCUGUACAUUCUAAUCUUAAAGUAAAGCUUGCAUGGGCGGGAUUUAAAUUCAAUUGGAACUUUCCAAAGAUAAGACGAAGGAUUUCCUACUAAACAGCAGCUACAAUCUAAUAUAAUAAUAUCAUCUUUAUUGAUAAAUAAGUACACAAAGCACAAGUUAACGAUAAUGAGAUGCCAAAGCCAGAGGCUUACAUGGCGUAGGUCAGAGAGUUACAAUGUGCUGCUAAGUUGCAAUGAGAAUAAAAAUUAAUAAUUACAAGAUUAGCAGAGAGAAGGCAAACUAUUACAACAUAUAAAGAAUUAUUACUGCAUAUAAAGCAAAAUGAACAUAACAAUUAAUGAUAGUGUGCAAAAAGUAAUAAAGACAAGAGUUUGAAGGUAGAGAAAUUUGAGUUCAAUAAUAAUAAUAAUAAUAACAUUUAUUUAUACCGCGCAAAUUCAACUAUACAAUUUUCAAAUGCGCCUUACAAUUAAAGGUCUAAAAAUAUACCUUACAAUUAAAGAUCUAAAAAUUUACCGUAAAAAAAAAAAAAAAAAUUACAAACAUUACAACAUUAUAUCAGAAAAGGCUUUUUUAAAAAGGUGAGUCUUCAAAUUACGUUUAAAAACUUGAAAAUCGGAGGUGCAUCUAAGAUCUAAUGGAAGAUUAUUCCAUAGUUUUGGUGCGGCGGCUACAAAGGCUUGGUCACUAAGAGUAGGGAGAGUCCUAAAGUUAGGAUUUGAAAGCAGAUAUUUGUUAUUUGAUCUGAGGCUGUAGGAAGAAUUAGGUUUAAAGUUAACGAGAGAUGAUAUAAAUAAUUAGGAGCUGUUCCAUAGAUUGCUUUGUGAGUGAUUAUAAUAACCUUAAAUUCUAUUCUAAACGUCACAGGCAGCCAGUGUAAUUCGUAUAAUAUUGGUGUGAUAUGGCAAAACCGUGGUGCUAGAUAUAGAACUCUUGCAGCUGCGUUUUGAACACGCUGCAGUUUAGUGAGGGCGCAGUGGGGUAGUCCGUAUAAGAGUGAGUUACAAUAGUCCAAUCUGCUUGUGAUGAAAGCGUGCACUAAUUUCUCGGCAGAUUCUACGCUUAGAUAUUUUCUGACGUGUCUAAUAUUGUGUAGAUGAAAAAAGCACUCCUACAAGUUUUGGUUAUGUUAAAAUUCAGGUUGAAAUGGCAGUCAAACCAGGCCCCUAAGUUUCUAAGGGGUUCCGUGCUAGGAGAGUUGAUGGAUUCGCCAAAAGUUAGAGUGGCGCUUUUAUUUUUCUGUAGCUGUGCCUUCGUCCCAAUGAGCAUAAACUCAGUCUUGGAAUCAUUGAUCAUGAGUUUGUCAUUGAUCAUCCAGCUACGGAUGUCACAGAGGCACGCUUCCAUUGCUGCAAUGGCGGCGUCUUGAUCGGAAUCAUCGUUUGGAUUGAAUGCCAAAUAGAUACCGGUAUCAUCGGCAUAACUGUGCGCCGUUGGCAAGUGCUGGCUAAUGACAUCAAAAAGCUCACUAGUGUAAAGGGAGAACAACAUUGGGCCGAGACAAGAGCCCUGUGGCACGCCAAACUUUAG